AUGGUAGACAGAGAUCCAGGCACACCCACCUGGAAGUUCACACAAUGCUUCGGAGAUAAAGGCGAUGUAGAGGAUAUUACGGAAGCGGAUAUCAUCUCGACCGUUGAAUUCGACCACACCGGUAAUUAUCUGGCUACGGGAGACAAGGGAGGACGUGUUGUUCUGUUCGAGCGCAACGAGACGAAAAAAACCUGCGAAUACAAGUUCCACACCGAAUUCCAAUCCCACGAGCCCGAAUUCGACUACCUCAAAUCGUUAGAGAUCGAAGAAAAAAUCAACAAGAUAAAAUGGUGUCGACGACAGAAUGCAUCACACUUCCUGCUCUCGACAAACGACAAGACGAUUAAGCUGUGGAAGGUGUUUGACAAGUCGCUGAAGGUGGUCGCAGAAAACAACCUGUCGAAUGAGAUGACCCCGGCCCCCGCCAUCGGCAGCCUCCCUCGUGCCCCCCGUGGAACCUUCAAGGACGCCUCCGCGUUGAAACUCCCCCGUUUGACACAUCACGAUACCGUCGUUGCCGCAGUGCCACGGAGAACCUAUGCGAACGCACACGCGUACCAUAUUAAUAGCAUCUCCGUCAACAGUGACGGCGAGACGUUUAUCAGCAGCGAUGAUCUCCGGGUCAACCUGUGGAACCUCAACAUCCAGGACCAGAGCUUCAACAUUGUGGAUAUCAAGCCGGCAAACAUGGAAGAGCUCACCGAGGUCAUCACCGCGGCCGAAUUUCACCCCGUCAGCUGUAACUGGUUCAUGUACGCGAGUUCGAAGGGUACCAUCAAGCUCGCCGAUAUGCGGCAGCGGGCUCUGUGUGAUGAACACGCUAAGCAAUUUGAACAAGAAGAGGAUGCUUCCUCGCGGUCGUUCUUCUCCGAGAUCAUCUCCUCCAUUUCCGACGUUCGCUUCUCACAUGACGGCCGGUACAUCGUGUCCAGAGAUUAUCUGACUGUCAAGAUUUGGGAUGUCAACAUGGAACGCCAACCGGUCAAGACGAUCCCCAUCCACGAGCACCUACGUCCUCGCCUGUGCGACACAUACGAAAACGACAGUAUCUUCGAUAAAUUUGAGGUGGUCUUCUCGGGCGAUGCCGAGAACGUCAUGACGGGUAGUUACAACAACAACUUCAUGAUCUACCCGACCGAUGAGGAGAAGGAGACAGAGAUUGUGCUCCAAGCAGACAAGUCGGCCUUCAAGGCGAAGAAGGUCGGCGUACCGACCCCGAUGAACAAGGGCAGUGGAAAGAAGGCCGGCUCGAGGUCCGGAAGCCCCGCGGGCCCGGGCAGCCGGAUGAAGAAGGAGACCGAUGCCGACCAGAUUGACUUUAACAAGAAGAUUCUGCAUAUGAGCUGGCAUCCCUUUGAGGACAGCAUUGCCAUUGCGGCUACGAACAACCUUUUCGUCUUCUCUGCCCUGUAA